CGGCGUGUCUCUGUAGCAGGAGCAGCAGACUGAUGAGCACCUCCUCCUCUCCCGUCACCCGUAUCCCUGGAAGCCAAAGGAAACCAACCAGUCGGGCUCAGUCUGCAGGUCGCACGGGCAGCGGAGGAAUUCCCAGGAAAACCAGUCGUUCUUUUUGCUUUUUAUACAACAAAAAAGAUCAUUUCGCGUCAAAAUUAUGACAGAUUCAUGCUGGAGUGGAUGAGAGAAGGCGUUAGAGAGAUGUCCCUGCAGCAGCGGCUCGUGCAGCUCUCCGGAGCGUCUCUUGCAGUGGUCUUCGGCCCGGACCAGGAGACUUUACGCGCUGCUGAGAAAAAACUCAGCGCCAACGGAACUCCGAGCGGACAGGAGAUUUUUGCAGACUUCAAAGCGCAAAACUCACGCAGUUUCUGGAAUAAGCGGCUCGUUAAGGCCAUCGCCGACGUGCACUUUCAGGGAUGGAUGGAGAACCUGGUGCUUUUCGUUCAGGGGAACGCAAACGACCUGGAGGUGCUUAGGGAAGCGUGGAUGCGCAGGGCUCUCAGGUCUCCGAAGGGCUUCAUAAUUAAAGCUGUCGGUGACCUAUCCCCCGUGCAGAUGUCCCCGUUUCCUCAGUCCCAGUUCAUCCCUCUGGCAGAGGUGCUGUGUUCCGUCAUCUCCGAUAUGAACUCUUCCCAAAUCACCGUCACCCAAGAGGCACUUGUUAAUUACAUGAGCAAAUCGCAUCCAGGGAUAACCAUCCCCACUCAGGACAUCCUCUACAAUACACUCGGCACACUGAUCAAGGAGCGGAAGAUUUACCAUACAGGCGAGGGCUACUUCAUCGUUACUCCUCAGACCUAUUUCAUCACCAACAACAUGAUCCGAGAGAAGAACUGGUGGACUUCUGGCUCAACAGAUGACCCCCCGUUAUCUCCUCCCAUAACUUAUCUCCUGAGCAAUGACGUCUGUGCUGAGAUCAAUCAAACACUCCCCGUGGCCCACUGUAAGUCAUGCAGCUGUUUCGGCCCUCACCAACUGCCCUCCAAUAAUGCCGCCACGACAGAAACAACUACCAUCCCUCCCUCUACAGUUCCUGACCAGCAUUCUGUCUCCGUGUCCAUAAGCGAAUGCACAGGCAAAAGCCUAAAGUGGCCCCGACCCUCCGAUCCCAAACCCACAGUUCAGCAUCAGUCCACUUCUACUGCAGCAGACUGCCAGGCAAGUGAGAUCAGCAAAACGACCGCAACCACUAAUGCCACUGGGCGAAAAGAAAAGGAUAACAAAUCUGGGAGGAAGUUUGGUCUCAGUUUGUUUAGGAGGAAUGGAGGUAAAAAGGAGAAGCCUAAGAAGGAGUAUGCUUCAUUUUCAAGCCAGUUCCCUCCAGAGGAGUGGCCAGUGAGAGACGAGGAUGACUUGAACAACUUGCCUCGUGAUCUGGAGCAUGCCAUCAUCAAGCGCAUCAACCCUGAGCUGACUGUGGAUAACUUGACACGGCACACUGUCUUGAUGAAAAAGCUGGAAGAGCGGAGGGAAAGGGGAAUGAGCAGGGUUUUCGAUAGAGGGCUGGACAAAGAUGAGAAGGGAGUGGACAAGGGCAUGUCCACUGAUGCCCUAACGUUCUCCAAACACAGGCAUCACCAUCUAACUAAAACAGGGGGAGGGAAACGAUCUUCUCAGAAGGCUUCUCGCAGCAGGAGGAGGGCCCACUCGUCCAGAGAGAAGCAGAAGGACAGGGUUAAGAAUAAGGCUCCCCUAUGUGCAGACAUUGAUCCAGAUGGGGAGGAUUUAAUUCCAACUCGGCUCAAAGUUGAAAUCCCUGUUGAUGCACCCGAUCAAAUGGAAGAAGCUGGAACUGUUGAAGGAAAAUGUCUUUAUAAGAAACGCAUAGAUAACCCUUUCCAGGCUCAUCCAAUCAAAGAUAACGAGAAUGUCAUUUCCACCGCCAGAGAACACAGAAGACGAGAAGUGAAAGAGGGGAAGACAUCUGGGCCAGGGAGAAAAGAACGAACGGGUCAUCGCUCCAAAUCUUGGGACCCACAUCGAGCAAAACUAUUAGCAGAAGAUGGGGAGAAUGCAAUAAAAUUCCCCUCAUCUGAAGACAGAUACGAUUAUGUUCAGGAGAAGGACUUUGCCCCCGAUCAGCUGGUCCAGUUGGACACCAGACUCAACAGAGAGCCACCUCUGGACUACAACUCAGCCUAUCUACAGAACAGCAUGAUCAGGACAGGUGACAACGUUCUACAUCAGGGAGAAAAAGUGGAGAUAUGGGAGAGAGAUGACAAAAAUGGUAAUUUUCUAGAGGUGCAAGAAUAUAAAAGUAUACUAGACCAAAACCAAAAUGAGGAUGUUGGUAUUUCUAAAAUCCAUCACUACUGCAUUACAAACAAUGUUGCCCCUACUCAUCCGUAUGAGCCAGUCAUAAACCACUCAUAUGACUCAAAGCUUCCUUGGCCCAAGCCCUCUCUGCAACGGAAACAUUCCCUCAGGCUCCUAAGUGAACAAAGGGAUGAUAGUCAGAAACCCAAAGUGCUCCGUGGGACUGCUCCUAGUGAAGACCACCAAGAAAUGAGACCAGUCACCCACAGAGAGCAGAGAGCCUUCAAACAUGAUGAGCAGCCCGAAAAGACACCUGAAUGGACUCCCCUGGUCACAGACAGUGAAGGGUUUAUAGAAAAAGACUUUAACCUCUAUCAGAGACCAGCUGCACCCGAGGAUGACGACGCCUGUAGCUCUUUGUGUCUUAAUAGUGAUGAGAUUAUUGAUCAUCAACAUGAUUACCAAAUGGCUGUAGAAGACUAUCAUGAUCACCAGCUAGACAGUCAGUGUUUGGGACCCCAAAGUCACCAUUUCCAAGCCAACUUUCAGCAAUCACAGCUCACCUUCUGGGAAGAUUCUGUGGAUAGUUGUUCAAAAGAUCUCUCUCCUCCUGCAAACCAGAAAGGAUCUUCCACUGACUCCAUGAGACCUGGAGAGAGCAGCUGGACUAGAUCACAGAGGAGUAAAUCACCAGGGACUCAAAGUGAGCCACUUCCCAUGAGAAUUACUUUGAUCCAGGGGGGGAAACUAUAUGGAUCUACCCAAGACGCGGACUUUCCUAAGGCGUGUGAAGUUGCAGACAGUAGCAUUUUUGAUUACUGCCAGGCCAGUGAGGCUGAAUCAGACUCUGAAACUAUACGGAAGUCAGCCGACGAAGGUGACGGCGAGUCUGCGCAUUGGGCUGCUGAUGUGGAGGAAGUGCGGGAGGAUGAGUUUGAUGAGAAGAGUCUUCCUCAAUGCCACAAGUCUGUUCGGAGCUCCAUCACUGGAGCCAGAAAAUCUGAAGAAAUGGUGGAAAGCCGGAGCAUCACAGGAGACAGUGGUAUAGAUUCCCCUCGGACCCGUGUCAGUCUGACGUCCAGCAAUACUGUGAUUCUCGAAGGUCUCAAGAGGAGAGGCUUCUUGCAAAACCUGGAGAAACUGCACUCAAAGAGCAGUGCCAUUCGGCCGCAGAGCUCGCUGCUUCAACUGACCUCUGUGAUGAACGUAUAGCAAGUCCCUGCUGAAAUGUUUCAGCCAAUAAAUUCAAUAGGUUCUCCACAUACCCACAACAACUUGUGGUAUUGUAAAAAUAUGUACAGUCAAAUGUAUCUUUGUAUAUGUCUAAAGGAGUCAGUUACAUUUCUCUUCAGAAACUGUCAUAUGCAAGUUUUCUCCACUCACGUCUUAAUGACUAAAAUAUUCUACAGUAAUAAUUUGUUGUAGAUUGUUCAUUUUUGUUGACAUUUAACAAUUAUUACAAAUAAAUAUAUAUAUAUCCAAACUUUUUGCUUUCUUUCGUGACAUGCUGUGGUGGUUAAGAAGUUUUGGCAGCAACCAGUGAAAUCAGGUGUGUUAAAAGAGUCUCACACAACUGUGGAAAACUUUUGCCUCUUUUCUUUACAGAAGUGUUAUGUUUCAACUACAUUAGUGCAUUUUCCUGCAUAGAUGACCUAGUUCCAUCCAGGUACUGAAGCAGCGAAGCAACCCUACCAUUACACUGCCACCACCAUGUUUGACUGGUGUGACGGGAUGAUCAGAUUCUCCAUUUUGGAACUCUUCCAUGGAGAAUAUUUGUGCCGCAUCUCAACACAGGCGCGCUCCUUCUUGGGCCCGUUGCAUUGCUGAGCAGGAGUUGCUGGAGGGCCCACACUCUAAACUGAGAUCAAGGAGGGACCGGGCCUUCUCAGUAAUGGUACCAACCCUUUGAAACGAGCUCCCCCUGCAGUAAAGCAGGCUCCAUCUCUUCGGGUGUUUACAUCUCGCUUGAAAACCCACUUUUAGCAGUUUGAUGGAUCUCUUUUGCUAGUGUUGAAUCGUGACCUCAUGACCUCUUAAGCAAGUAAGCCCUGCAAUGCUUUAGCUUUUGUUCUGGGUUCAUUUUUCAAGAACAAAGCUUUGUUUAGAAAUGUUUUUAGCCUUUGAAAUUAUUUUAUUCUGCAAGUGUUGCCAGUAGAGCUGAACUCAGCUUACCGUUUUAACACUUGUGGUUUACCAAUCACUUGAAUUACAUGUAUUAAAGGUCAGGUUUGUUUUUUCUGAUGAAAUACGACCCCCCCCCAAAAAAGUUACAUGAUUUGUUAGGAUCAAAUACAGCAGUUUGUCAACAAAUAAAAUGUAUAUUUCAUUUUAUUGCUUCAUGAGUAGGCAUUAACUUCAGGGUAAAUUGAUAUGAAGAUACGCAGCCUCUGCUGUGCAAGAAUGCAAACUCGUGAAGUGAAAUGUUGGGAGAUUCCCGAGGACUUUCCUCUCCCAUUGACUUCGUUUUUACUCACAUCUAAUUUAAACCACAAAAAUGUUCCAACUGUAAGGACUCCAACCACAGCAACAGUGACAUCUUGUGGACAAAAUUAGAAGCUACAGGCUUGAAGAAAAUCUUGAGAAAAAAAGGCUAAGUUUGUCUUAAGUACACUGAGAUUUUACUGGGUUUAAUGAUUUCAUUAAUUAAAUACCACCAGAGUCAACAACCUUUAUUUUUCCAUAGAUGUGCCAUUCAAAACGGGGAAGAGGUGUUACAAGCAUUGCCCUUAAAGUCUAUAUUUUGCACAUUUUUUCUCUACAAUGAGGCCAUUGACAAAAAUCAAAGGGGGGAAAAUAGACAAUAUGGUUGUAACAGUGUAAACGCAUGGUAAUAUACAUGAAAGCAAAAAAAAAAAAAAAAAAAAAAAAAAAAAAAAAAAAAAAAAAAGCAAAACCAGACAUCAAAUUAAAAUGCUGGGUAAGUUUAUAUAACUAAAGACUCCUGGAAAACCCUAACUCUUCUCAAAUAACUCUGCAUACAUUUCUAAGUAGCAUGCAAUAAGGCACCUAGCUAACACAAGGAAGAGAACUAUGCUACAGUCUGAUGCACAAUCGUUAAAAAAAAAAUUAAAACAAAAUAUUGCUCACCAAAAAGUUUCACUCUCAUUAAAACUGCCUCGUUCCCUUUCAUAUAACCCAAGCCGUGUCUAAAAAAAUACAGUUUGUAAAAGAUAUUUUACACACAUUAGUAAAUAGAGCGUAGUUCAUAGACUUGAGGAAAAUCUUGGAAGUUUUCCUUCCGUAGUUUCAGUAUUCACAACCUUCUGUUUCGGACCGAAUAGUUUGCAGAAAUGUUAUCUACACACAGGCAAUCAGUAUCCAAAGCAUUAAAGUAGAACAUUUCCUGUACAUUUGAGAUUGGAUUGUAGCAGAGACCACACCGUGAAUAAUUAAGACACAGGUCAUGUUGUACUAUGCUAUCCAGUGGGAUUUUAUUUUCUAAUAAGCAUGUCCUAAUGGCUAUGUUGCAUGUUGUAAAAGACCGAGUGUCCGCUGUACAGUUUGACAGAGACGUGCAGAACCAUCAGAGAUGUACAAAAUCCAACCUCAUAAAUAUGAAAGCCUCUAGUCAGAUGAAGCCAGAAUCCCUCCUUCAGGAGAACAUCUGAAACAUUUUUCUUUUUAUCUCCAACACGUAAAAUAAAGCCAUAGAAAAAAAAAGGAGACAAAGUGGAUUUUACUAUCAAAAAUGUCAUCUUUU